GAUCAAACUUUUUGAAAAAAGCAAGCGGGUGCCAAGUAUUACGCACUUUUCCCUUUUACCCCUGUAUUCUGUUCUUCCCCAAAUUGCCGUCCAAACAGUCAGUCCACAAAACCCACUCAUCUUAAACUUCAAUUUCAAAAUCAAAAUCAAUCUUAUUAUAAUUCAAACAUGUACGAAGCUCAACAACAUUUUGUAGAUUUAGAUGACAGCGCCGCCGCUAAUUCAUGGCUUGCCGCCGGUCAAGAUCGCUCCGUCGACUCUCCACUUCUCCGGCGUACUCACGACUCUUUCUCCGCUGCUCCGGCGAGUAAUCUCGAUCGGAAUCUCUUUAAUGAUCUUGUCGAGAUUGUUCCUCUUGUUCAGUCUCUGAUUGAUAGGAAGGCGAAAACCUCGUUUACUCGUCGUGGCUCGGUGAUUUACACCAAGACACCGGCUCGAGAAUCCAUCUCUAAGGCGAGUGAGCUGAAAGGGAAACAUGCAGCUCAAUCCAUUCCAACAAAAAAACGUAGAGACCUUGGUGACAAAGACCAACAUAAGAAUGCUGGUGAUAACAAAGAUGGAUGUGCCAACGACUUCUCAUUUCCCCAAAUAAGUACAUCAGAGAACAAUGAAGAAUUACUUGCAUUGAGGGAUGAAAUGGUAGAUCUGCAGAGGAAACUAUCAGAGAAGGAUGAACUUUUGAAAUCAGCUGAAAUUUCUGAAGGAAAGUUGAAGUCAGAGAUUGCUAAACUUGAUGAACUGAAGCAACAGGUUUCUGAAAAGGAUUUUGUGGCGAAGUCUACUCAGCAACAACUUUCUGAUGCAAAGAUAAUGCUUGCUGACAAACAAGCAGCCCUUGAGAAGCUACGGUGGGAAGCAAUGACAUCUAAUACACUAGCAGAGAAAUUGCAAGAAGAUGUGAAUACUAUGCAAGCAGAGAUGUCAUCAAUCAUGAUUCUGUGUGAAGGCCUAAGAAAGAACAAUGAUGAUGUAUCUACUGAAGACUACGAUGUCCCUCUGAAUCAUAUAGAUCACAUUCCAGAUGAUGUGGAUUCUUUGGAUGUGUUGGAGAUGCAAAGAUUGGCGGAUGCACAAGAAGCUUACAUUGCUGCUGUUGCUGCUGCCAAAGAAAGUCAAGACGAAUAUUCUAUUGCUGCAGCAAGGAGUGCAAGGUUACAUCUUCUAUCGCUUGUGAUUAAAAACUGAAUAGUGUUCUGUUUUAUUUGUAUCAUUGCAUAUCCAAGACCUGCUGGUGACACCCCACCAUGUCCUAAUGGGCAUCGGUGGUCAUCUUGUCACUAUGAUGCGGUGUAUAUUAUUUUCAUGUCAGCACAAAUGCUUAACCCUUUUGUAAGAACGUCACAGCCUCAUAGGGCUGAUAGCUUGGGAGUAUGCAACUUUUAAAACAGUUUUAGUUAGUGGUGGAACUUGUUUAAACGCUUGCUUUCUCUCCCUCUCUACAUAAUACAUAUGUCUGAGUGUUUGUGAAUA